AUGGCCCACCGUGCCGCAGCAGCGCGAGUCGUUAACCCCGAACCACAUCCUACGAUCGCUACUUUCACUUCCAAUUCUUCUGUCCCUCCAUCUGGAUCAUGCUCCUGCUCCAAUGAGAGGUACUUUGAAUCUGUCCUGCCCCAACACUGCUCUGCGACCGCUACUACAGCUCCUGCUCUCUCCACCGCUGGUAUCGAUUGCAACCCCCCAGCCACUGCCGAUACUCCUUCCUCCAUCAUCAGCGCAAGCCACGCCGCCAGCAAGCCCUCUAUCCGUGCUAACGAAGCUUCCAUCCACACCUCUGCCUUUGACGGUCCACCCGUCGAGCCAUCCCAAGCUGCGAUCCUUGAUCAUUUGGGUCGUGACUUCUCAGAUCCAGUCAGCUUUCUCGCUGGUAUGACCAAGGCGAACAUGCUCCUUUCCGGCUCUCGUGUUCUGGAGAUCUUUCUUCCCGGUUCGUGCGAGGAAAACUCUGAUUGGGAUUGUUACUGCCAGGGCUCCGCCCGCUCCGUUGGACAAGCCAUCGUUGCCCUCAAACAAGCUGGCGUGGUCUUCGACUGUCCCUUCAAGUUGAUGACUGACAUUGCGCUCGCGUCCCACGGUUCAGUGAUCACUAUCAACGCCGAUACCCACCGGACGCUCUCCUCAUACGCCCGCUCCGAUCUGUGGAGUGGCAAGGUUCCUGUUCUCGCUAGUGCUGUCAUGCUCGCUAUUGGGGCUGCGCUCUCUGAGAACAAACACUGCAAGGCCGUCCCGCUGAGUCACGGUGUCCUGGUCCGGAUCCGCCAUGGGAAGAGUUCCCACGAUUACGAGAACGGCGACGGAUAUAUGCCAGGCUUGAAGAUCAUCACUGGCUCUACCACCCAUGGGGAGACGCCCCGUAAAGUGCAACUCAUCUCUGCCGCUAGGAAGUCRCCGCUAAGCCACAUCUUCGACUUCUAUUCAACUUGUUCUCAGGUCGUCAUCACUGGCUUGGGAGCGAUCAUGUUCCAUUGGCAUGGCCAGCGAGACGGGAUCUAUCUUUCGUCCAAUACCCAGCACAAGGACAGCGCGGAAGCUGCGACGAGGAAGUAUGCGCGACGUGGCUUCAAGUUCACCAUGCCCACCAGCACCGAUUACAUCGUCAAACACCUCGGCACUCCUGGACACGGAGCCAGCGUGGUGGUAUUCGACGGUAUCCCGCUAGGUGUCUCGCCYGAUCUCUAUGCUGUACGUCUCGCACACUUCAAGAACCUCGCCUGGUCCGAGUAUGCCGGUGAGACUCGGCUUUUGCAGACCUCUACCUUCGAAAUGAAGGCCGUUCUCAAGCGCAACCGUAACGCUCGUAUCGCCCUUCGCGCGGCUGGGAUGUGGGAUGAUACCGACCUCGUUGUCGCUCAGUCGCACACGGCUGCCUACGCCGGUAGUCGCCACAGCUAUCCAGACGAGGUCAUCGGUUUGUAG